AUGGCUUUGCUUCCCCAAAUGGGCUUAUUGCGAGGUCGGAAUACUACAAGUGACCAGCACCAAAUACUAAUAGCCUUAAGAAGCCGGAAGCCUUCGUUGAAUUUAUCCUCCCAAUACUUGAACAAUAUUCCUAGUUUGCUCUUCAUACCGGAUAUUUGUAGCUUUAUCACGAGACUUGAUAUCAGCUAUAAUAAUUUAUUAGAGAUUCCGUGCGAGAUAAGUAGACUUUCAAAACUUGCAUUUCUUUCAGCUCAAAAUAAUUUACUCUUAACACUGCCAGAUAAUAUCGGUGAUCUGCAACAAUUACGGACAAUUGACGUAUCACGAAACCAUUUAUCUGCUAUCCCAGAAUCCUUUUCUCAACUUCGUAAUUUGGAAAGAGCAAAUUUCUCAGGAAAUCGCAUCAAAGCCGUGGAACGGUCUGUAUUUCUGUUGCCAGAGUUGAGCUCAUUCCACAUUCUUAAUAAUUCCAUCGAGAACAUUCCACAAGAUGUCUACUUAGCAGGGUUGCAGGCAAUCCGAAAAUUCUUUGAAAUUGAAGUGCAAGUGCACGCUACUUCUAGGGAUGAAAUCAGUGUGUCAUUUCUUGAUGAAUUGAGACAGCUGACACUACAUACAAAUGAAGAUACGAAAGUUGUGAAACAAACCCAAGAAGAAGACAAAAUGGUCCAGUUCAAUGACAAUAUUUCCUCACAUCCAAAUUUUCGAGCUGAUUAUCAUAAUCAGUGUUUACCAACAAGUGAUUAUGGAUCAUUAUCAGCAUAUCUGGAUACCAUGACAACAUCCAAUCAAGAUAGCUUCAGUUGCUCUGGUGACCAUGGAAGCGAAUCUGAUUAUUGUUUAGAUGAUACGGAUGAGUGUGAGAGCUACCUACAGUUUCUGCUUUCAGAUUCAGAUUCUGAAUCUGAAGAAGAAUAUAAAGAUCAGUUACUUCCGAACAGAACAAGAUUGCUUCGAUAUAAAGGAGUCGCGGUCAUUAUUCCUGAACACAAUAAGAAUGGCUACAGAACAAACCAGUUUUCCUUGAAUGUUAUUGAAGAUAUUAGUCGUGCCCCGGAAACUAGCUCACAAACAGCUCGUGCCAGUCAGGUGAUUUCUUUAGAGCCACACGGUGCUCAGUUUUACCAGGACAAACCUGCCUUGCUGCAGAUUCCACUGUUUGCCUCAGUUGGUGAACAUGACAUUGUGUGUCUUUGCAGUGACACCAAUGAAUUUGAACAACCCUUAUGGGAAGCUUUGCCAAGGGAGAGCUACACAGUACAGGACAAUUGUGUUAUGAUAAAAACAUGGCACUUUAGUUUAUUCACCGUCUUGCUUCGAAAGCCAUGUCCUGAAGCAGCCAAGGAAAUCAAAGCCAGUGUAGGAGGUUUUGUGAAAGUUGAAGAAGAACCUUGUGUUGAGGUUAAUUUCCCCGCUGGUUCUCUGUACCAUGAUAUUGAUGCCAGUGUCAAAGUACUUUAUGACUACCCGACAUUUGAAAAAGAUCCAGUUCAGAGUCCGCCCAGAGCUCUAGCGACACCUGUUAUUGAGCUAGGCCCACAUGGCUGUGAAUUUAAUCAAUUAGCUGAACCAGUUACCGUCCGUUUACCUCUACCACAUUACAAAGAAAUCUGUCAAAGAUUUGGCGCUGUGAACAUUACCAUCUGGCACAGUGGAACGACAGAGUAUGAACCAAUAGAACCGGAACAGUUAGACAUAGAAUACUCUAUUGACGUUGAUGAAAAUGACAAUUACAGCAUCUGUUUCCCAGUCACCAACUUCUGUUUCCUGUGGGGAUUGAUGGAUGUGGUUGGCUCCAAGUUGAAUGAAGCACGCCUGGGCGUUGCACAUCUGUUCUCAGACACCCAGUUUCAAAUGAAGUGCCAAGCACUGAUGAUUGAAAAUUCUGACACCCAUACGUUUGGUUUGAGUAUUAUAACUUACCGAUCCGACAAGAAACUUCCAGAGAUUGGCAACUACCAGCACUGGGUAGGAAGAUCAUCUGUAGCAAAGCUAAUCAAACAAGGUGAUAUCGUAGUUCGAUUGGUUUCCGAAUGUUUUGAAGCAGACACCAACGCCGGAGAAGAUGAGACUUUGGCUCAAUUCGAGAAAGGGUUCAACGGAUGUGAAUUUGAAAAACAGUUUGCCUGCAAGUUCAAAAACAAGCCAAUUGAUAGAGGUGUCUUUGGUAAAGUCAUUGUUGAGAAGAUGAACCCUGAUGGCUCCAGAGAAGACUUGUUCAAGUUCAAUCUCAUCAAGAAUGGUGAUGAAGGUGAAAUCUCGGGCAGUACAAACCCAUGGAUGAUGGAACCAGUAAAAGAAUUAGCAGGAUUUUUAAAUAUCACUGAUGCUGAAAAUUGGAAAAUCUUUGCAAGGGAGCUGGGAUUUACCAGGCAUGAGAUUAGCAACAAGCUCACCAUGUGCACAGACCCACUCACUCAGAUUUUGAAUCUGUAUAUGCGACGUGGUGGUACCCCUGAGGAGUUUGUACAAGCAAUGUAUGAUGUGAAUCGUAAAGUUAGAAUGGGUGACACGACUGCUGAAGGCGAUCUAGAGGACAAGAGAUCAAGAUGGAGAUCCCUAUUCAAUUUUAAUUCCACGCCAUCAAGGGAAAUCAACACUUUCGAGACUCCUAGAGCAGAAAUGUCUUCAUUGUCAAAGAAAAGAUCUUGUACAUCUGGCGAAAACACAAAUACAGUAAGAAAAUGCGCCUCGCCCAGACUCUUAACAGCAGCAUAGAAGAUGAAAUUCCCACACAAGUGUACACACCAGACACUGCGAUGUUUGAAAGCCAAAUCCCAACACCAGAAAGAACUCCAGAAAGUUCCAAGACUAUCGAGUUUUUCGGUGGUACCGGUCCAUAUACAUUAGUACCCCAUCCAGCACCGUCAGCAUCACCACCACCUGCUCCUGUGAAGGUUACGCAACCUUCUAUGCCCAUAUACAGCUGUAGCACCCCUGUGAUGUCAACGUCAAUCUCACAUUUCACAUCUACACCAGAAAUGAGAAUCCCUUCAUUUCAACUCUCACCCCCUCCGAUAAACCGUGCACGACGCGACUUACAGCUACGUGAAAAUGAUCAGGAACUGACAGAAAAGAAUCUCUGGGAGACAG